AUGGAGCAAACCCCUGCAAGAGACCCACGUGGGUUAACAAGGAGGGCAGAUAUGAAAAGACCAGCAUCCGUCGCCGGUAUGACCAAUGACUUCCACAAGAGACCGAAGCAUGCUCGCUCAACUUCUGAGUCUGAUCCAUGUCUUCCUACCAGUGCAAAUACAAAAUAUACAAGCAGCAGCUCUCGACUCCUUCUUCUCCAACGACUGGUGCGGGAGAUAUCUAAUGAAGAGGACUUUGCUGGUGCUGAUUCCGAGGUUGUGCGCGCAAUUUCAGGGCUAGACAAGGCAUUUUGCCAGACCACAGAGCCCUUGUCGGUCACAGCUUCCAUUGGGACUCAUUCAAACAAAAAUUCAACUACUUCAUCUGGUACGCCUUCGCCACCCUCCAUCCUGGACAAUAAGCUUGAACGUGCCGUCUUUACCCACCCGGCUAUGAGCAAUAAUAACACCAUGACGUACGACCGGCUCGAGGUUCUUGGCGAUGCAUACAUUGAGCUGAUUGCGACCAAAAUCAUCUGGGAUAAAUUUCCAAAGAUACCAGCGGGUAGAAUGUCCCAAAUUCGAGAGAUUCUUGUUAAAAAUGAAACGCUUGCGGGCUUCGCAGAAACCUUUGAGUUCGACCGCAAGGUUUCUGUUCCACCGAAUUAUAAUACCCCAUCGAAGCGAUGGACCAAGACAAAAGGCGACGUAUUCGAGGCUUAUGUCGCUGCGGUCGUACUCUCCGAUCCUGUCACUGGAUAUCAAUCCGCCGAGACUUGGCUGACCGGGUUGUGGAUGCCGGUCAUCAACCGCCUGGGCCACCAGACCGGGGAGCUCCGCUCCAAGGAGGCCUUGGCCAAGAAGAUCAUGGGUAAAAAUGUGAAGUUAGACUACAUCGAGGCCCGUCCUUCGGUACAGCAUAAAGGGGGAACGCAGACGUUCUUCAUUGCCGUUUAUCUUACAGGUUGGGGGUGGAACAAACAACUUCUUGGAUCUGGUCAGGGCUUGAGCAAAGCAGCUGCAGGCGACGAAGCUGCGAAGGAGGCUUUACGCAACGAAUCACUCAUUCUAGAGAUCAUGUCAGCCAAAGAAUCUGGGAGGUCUCCAAUUUAA